AUGAUCAAACGCUCCAUCGUUUCCACCACAACGAGAAUCCGUUGUUGCUUCUCUCUCCAAAGAAGAAACUCCAGCAGCAGCAGCAGCAGCAGCUCAUGGAACUCUCGCUUGAGAUUGUUGGCGAAAGAGGGCCACUUCUUGGAAUCCCUCCAUCUCUACCGCACGAUGCUCCUCUCUGGACACUCCCCCGACCGUUUCACCUUCCCCUUUGCUAUCAAAUCCUGCGCUGCUCUCUCACUUCCUUUGUCCGGCGCUCAGAUCCACUGUCACGUCAUCAAGACCGGAUGCCUCUUCGACCCUUUCGCCCAGACGUCUCUCAUCUCAAUCUUGCUCGUCUGCUACAACGCCCUUAUCUCCGGGUUCACCCUCAAUUCCCGACCUUUGGAAGCCCUCGCUCUCUUCCGCCGCAUGCGCCGUACUGGCAUCCCCUUCACAGUAGUGACAAUGCUCAGUUUGAUACCAUCAUGUGCUCUCCCGAUGUUGCUGGGUUCUGGGAUGUCCCUCCAUGCCUACAAUAUUAAGUUCGGUACGGAUGUCGAUGCCUCCGUUGAGAAUUGUCUGCUUACCAUGUAUGCGAAAUGCGGGUCUGUUGGUUAUUAUGUUUUGAUGUCAAAUAUAUAUGUGGAAGCAGGAAACUUGGAUGGUGUGGCAAGGAUUCAAGGGAUGGUGAGAGAGAGAAGGCUUAAGAAGGAACCUGGGUGUAGCUACGUUGAGCACAAGGAGAGGAUUCACCUCUUUUUAGCAGGCGAUAGAUUGCAUCCUCAGGCCAAAGAUAUCUACAGGAUGUUGGAUGGGUUAGAGGAUUCGGUGAAAGCGCUGAAUGCAUUAAAGGAUGGUAAUGGUGAUACAAAUAAUGGAAGUGGCGAAGGUGACGAUAUUGUAAUGGCAAUGGGAGUUCACAGUGAGAAGCUGGCGAUUGUGUUUGGGCUCUUAAACACAAAGGCAGGGGAGGAGAUAGUGGUGAUAAAAAACUUGAGGGUAUGUGGAGAUUGUCAUUGGUUUAUAAAAUCGAUUACAAAGAUUGUGAACCGUGCAAUCAUUGUUAGAGAUGCAACCCAUUUUCACCAUUUUGAAGAUGGUGUUUGUUCUUGCAAUGAUUACUGGUGAUAGAGUUGGCAAAGCUGGAUGGCUUGGAUUGAUUCUCUCUUCCAGAGACUGCAGAGGAACUAUUGGCUCCAUGUUUGCUAAGAAAGGCCGUGUUGGUGGCUGCUUUGACAUCAGAAGGGGAUUGACGGACAGCCCUUGGGUAGGAUACAAGCGCAUGAUGCAAAUGAAAGUGGGUCUUAAAUUAUGGAAUAUGCAUGGGUGCGUUUGGAGUUCGAUAGUAGGACUGAGAAACAAAACAUGGGUUUAUCCACGGAUGCUUACGAGUCUCUUGAUAUGUUGGUGUCCUCCAAAAGCGAGGCAUGUGAUAUAUGAGAGUGAGUCUCUCUUCUUGGUCAAGCAUGACAAGGUAAAAUCGCUUGAAGUAGGAGCAUUAAAGAUGCAUUUAUAAGGGUUUCAUGCCCCUACUGUCAAUAACAUUGCCAUGUUUUGGCCAUUGCAAUUUACAAAUAUGACUGAAACUUCAUAUGCCUUGGUGACUCUCUGGUGACGAAACGUAAAUGGUAUGGAUGUAUCUUCAGCAGACAGUGUAAGGUGUGAAUGGUAAACACAAUUGAACUGCUAACAGACUCCGUGACUAAGAGUUUGUGGAGUGUGCCCCAUAAUAAUGUCAGGUUGUAGAGCAUCCCCUACAGUACCAAGACAUUGUUCAUUUAUACGAGUAAGGAUGGAAAGGAUUGUAGGCUGUGGGCCAUGGGCUCUACAAUGUGAAGGUACUAGAGCUUCCUCAUGGUGGAGGAUGAGAAAUGUGUUUAAAACAUUACAAUGCAAAGGUCAUUGAGCUUCCUCAUGGUGAAGAGUUAGAAAUGUGUUUAAAACAUUAUGGAUGCAAGGUAUUCUCAUGGCUAUGGAUGUUGAGAAUGCUUUCUCCUGCAAAGUCAAGCUCGCAGGAUGCCCUCAGAUUCAAUGAUGUGAUCAUUGUCUUUCAUCUAAGACUUUCUUCCAGCAAUUUGGGUUGGUUUUUAGAUGAUGGAUUGCUGAAAUUUUUAUGAUUAGCUGCCCACCAGACAUCAACCUUCCUCUCUUAACCAUGCUCUUGGUAGUUGACAUCCUUGGUUCUCCAUGACAAAAGGAACCCAGACUCAUGCCUUAUCAAGCACUAGCUGAGCACCUAAUCAAGUGGUUCAAAGAAAUUGAGUUCAAGCAUGUUCCUAGAGAUGAAAAUAGGUUAGCUGAUGCCCUUGCUGCCCUUGCUGCCCUUGCUUCGGCUCUUUAUUCAUCAAUUAAUGGUCUCUCAUUGUAGAGAAACUAUUGAUUCCAGCUACCAAGAGGCACUCACUACCUAUGAUCCAGCAGGUCAAUCUUCAUAAUUUCAUCCAAAAUGUGAAAUACUCAUUAAAAUAUGGGAGAGACAAGAAGAUGCGGGGAUGUUAAUCUGCUUGGCUAGUUAAGCAUGAGCUAAUUCAUUUGUCUUUGGGCUUCGAUUGCCGAGUAAUAGAGACUUCACAAAUAAAGCAUGAGGAUUGAUACUC